AUGGGUGUACCACUUGAGACAGUGGAGAGAACCGAUAUCCGGCGACCAUUGGUGGAUCCGGCGGGCUCGGAGCCAAACCCUCUGACUGACGUCGGACUCGAGAGUGUUUUAACGGAGAGCAGCCUUCCAUACUGGAGACGCGUGUACUUAGGCGCGUGCAUAGAGAUGAAGCUGCUUUUCCGGUUGGCACUUCCGGCGAUACUUGUCUAUUUAGUCAACAGCGGAAUGAGUAUUUCCGCUCGUAUUUUCGCCGGACAUAUCGGCGGUAAGGAACUGGCAGCCGCGUCCAUCGGAAACAGCUGCUUCAGUCUCGUCUAUGGCCUCAUGGUACCUUUUGACUUUCCACGGUGA